UCCCCACCUCCUCUUUCUCCUCCAGCUUCGUCUGGACUCUGCAGCAGUGCCAAACGGAGGGAAAUGGCAGGCUCGAGUCGUAGCCUGGAUCAGUAUUAUGAAAAGACUGCGAGGAUUCAGCAGAGCAUGCAUGAAAGAGAGAAACACAGGCUGGAGCUGGAGAGGGAACUCUUCGCUUGUUCCAGGUCAGAUAAAAGAAUCUCACAGAUAAAGUGUUCCAAACUGCACGGCUAUCUCAAAGAAAUCACUGACAGGGAAGCACGAGCAAAAAUGAGAAACCUUAAGCUUCAGAGAGAUGUGGAGUGCAUAGAAAUUAGCAUGAAGGAGUAUGGUCUUGACCAUGACUCCCUGCAACAACAAAAGGCAGACUUUUUGAAAAAAAUUUCCAAGUUUGUUGAAGCAAAACAAAAAAUGAAGCCCAAGCUCGAAGCAAAGGGUAACGCCGUUCACAGACAACAACGGCACAGCAACAUCUCUCAGCCAGCUCAGGCUUUUACACAAUCACCAGCGGAUAUUUUUAUGGACCAGCAGAUCCCCAGAGCGUCUGACAGUGAAGCUGGCACCACAAGGGUACAUUCACACCAAGCAUUGCUUCAUUCACCCAGCUGCAGUGUGCGCUCUCGUGAACGUCUACCAAGUGGCCUUUUGAAGAACUUUAGAGUCGGCGGAGAGGAUGCUGCCAGCAAGCGGACACAUUUAUCAGAUGACAUUUCAGGCUCAAACGAUUCCCCCGACGACUGUAAUUUGAGUGACAAACAUGAAAGAACGAUGGGUCUGCUCCCAUCUGUCCGUUCCUUAGCAGGCGCAGCUGGCAGUGUGGCUUUUGGAAGUGAUGAUGAACAAGAAGCUUCACCUCUAGUGACCUUGACAGGGUCUGAGAAGAAUCCAUCUCCUGGCAACAGUAACCCUACGAGAGCUAAGAAUUCCCCUGCAAAACAGAAUGACUCCCAAGAGGUGUCACGUGAGCCCUUCAUCAUGGGAGAUGAAGACAGAGGUUUUGGCCAUUUGAUGUCGGAAACCACUUUGGGAAAAGAAGCUCAAGAGACAUCAGGUAAAUGUGACAGUGUCAGCGCUUCCAGUUCUGAUGUGCAGUUGUCAGACAGCAGUUCAAGUGACCUGACGAUUUCUGUAACACAAUCCGAGCCAGAAGAUGAUCUACCAGCAGACGAUAAAUCUGAGAGGAAUGCCACUUAUGAAAGCAGUGAAGAUCACAAAUGGCACAAUCCUGCAGCGUCCCUCGACUCUAAUGCAUCUAAGAACUCACCCCGGUUAGGCAGCGACGCCUCACAACCAGUUGUGACCUUGCAAAGCCUCUCCCUGGAAGGACUCUUUAAUCUGCUAGACAGCAUCGAAGGACGACUUGGUGGUGAACAGACCCACGUGUAUACGGAUUCUUUAAUAGAUGGAAGACAACUCAAUGGAAUUAUCAGCCUUUGUGACGAUGGAGCGGGUUUGAAUGACGAGGACCUUGAAGCAUGUGGAUCAGUCGUCCUUCACGAGCUUCAGAGGUUGUCAUGGAGCACAGAAAAGGGCUGUUUGCUACCACAGGAUCUAGUGAGUGCACAUCAGUCCAGCACUGAGCCUAAUCAAAUAAGUACUCGGCUUCCUCCUAAUUCCGCUCGGUUGUGGGAUCGGUGGUUUAAGCACGUCCUUGUGCUCAAGGAGCACCGUGUCCUCAGCACUGAGCACUUGGUCCAGCUGUUCACGCCACUAUUGCUGGAGCGCCAUGCCACCUACAGCCAGCAGGCCAAAGUGCUGCUGAGGACACUUCUCUCCCGAUGCAGUGAGGAGUGCCCCUCAGCAGAGGACGAAAGUGACUUAUCUUCUUUAUGCGGCCCUUCUCUCCUGGCUGACAGAGAUGUGAAGCUUGCCAGAGUAGUACCGAAACAACGGAUGCAAGAACUACAAAGCCCUGAAGAGGACAGCCAGGACGAAAGCCCUGUGGAAAGUGGUCCUAUUAGAGAGUCCAAAGCAUAUCAGUUACUUAAACAAUCAGCCAUGCAGAAACGGCUACAGAGUUCUGAAGAGGAGGAGAGUGACUCUUCGGGAAUAAAUCACGGCCAUGAAGAGGACCUGGGGAGGGCCAAACGCUCCUCACAUCAAGACCCUUACCCUCGGCGAGGGAACUCGGAGGUUCUACAAUCAAAAGCUCUCUGGAAGGACACAGAUGACAGCGAUUCAGAGAUUGAAGCAGCUUUACGUCCUCCGACAUUCAGCACAAACAGCGAUGCCAUUGAUGACUUCUAUGACUGAUAGUUCCACUAGGUUCCUUCUUAAAUGUGCUGCAUUAUAUCACAGCAGAUUGACUCUCGGUAAUUCACCCCCUCACCAUAAUUUUACAGGUGUGCAUUAUAAAUCAUAUGCACACUACAUUGUAAAAACAAAUAAUAAAGUUGACAGCUCUCACGCUGGGUAAAGUAUGUGAAGAGUUGUCCAACGCACUGAUGUUAACCCUGCUUCAGUCUCUUUAUCUGAACAACUCUCCCAGCUCAUAAUAACAGCUCGAAAUAGAUUAAACGGAUCUUUUAAAGCGAUUUGUUUGCACUAGGCUAAAAAUCAUGCAUUUUGAAUGCUGCAAGCAUCUCCGAGUACUCUAUCUCCAGCAUGCUCGAGUGUGAUGUGAGUCACCUGUGAAAUGACAAAGCACAAUGGCCACUCUGCACGCUUCUGUGCGACCUGUGAACCUGCUGAAGAGCCCCAUCUCCCAGGGCACAAAGUGUUACAGCGCUAGCAAACUCGCAAUAUUUAGAGCCUCUAACAAAUGUUCUGCACCUAUUCUGAAAGGUGCUUCAUCAAUAAUUGCAAUCAUGCCUCCAAACUACAGACAUGUUUACAUUCUCCUGUGUUAUUUUACAAAUGAGCCGCAAGUACCAGAAUUGAUGCUGAAACCGCACAGUGGUCUUGUGCAGUUUUUGUGAUUUUACAGCACAUUGUAUGUUCUGUGUCUAUUAAUAAGUAUGAGCUGCUGUGUGGGAGGUUGCAUUCCAAGGUUUGCAUUUAUAGUUCAUUAUUUCUGCAGUGUAGAUUUCCAAAACUCCCAUUCUGGGAUGUGGUAAAAGCCCCUGGCAUCCAGUGUCAGCAGGAUUCCAUUAGUCAGCUUUAGGUGACUUUACAUGCCUGAACCUUUUAAAGUAGAACUCCACAUUCAUUACCAAUAAUGGUUUCAGACAGCCCUGACCCACCACAGGAAAGGGAUUGUGGCAGAGUAAUUUGGAGUUUGCUAAAAGGCUCCCUAACAUAAUAUCCAGUUAAGGAGCAUGUCAACAGAUACUCAUGUGUGACAGAUGGCUCAUGGUGGAAGUGGAGUUAUAUUGUACUAAUGUGUACGAACAGGAACAUUUUGUAUGAAGAACUUCUCUGAAUCCACGCCCAGGGGACAAUGGGGAGGAAAUCUGGCUCCUUCUCUUCACAUUGUUAAUUGGAGAAAGUCUAAGGAUGUAUCUUCCAGUUAAAAUGAUGUUAUUCAUAAUAUAAUUGCUUUAUAUAGGGUGUUUUCUUUGUCACAUUACUUUAUCUGUCAUACUCAGGUUCAAAUUAGACUGAGCUCUUGCUGUUUGCCUUAAUUAAAGGAAUUGUGUUUUCAAAAUAAAUAUUUU